CUAAACCCUGCCUCUCCGAUUCAAUUCCUCGAUUCGGCGGCGCCGGGUAGCAUCGUCGUCUUCAAGAGAGGGAGAGAGAGAGCGAGAGAGAGAGAGAGCAUCAAUGGCGAUGACCUCUACAGUACGAGGGGGGGAAGAGAAAGGGGCGACGACGAAGGGGGAGGCGGCGCUGGAGCGGCUGCGUUCGGCGGAUCCGGCGCGCUACCUAUCGCCGUCCCCGAAACUCUCCUCGCUCGCCCGCGCCGCGUCGAGCCACCUCUUCUCGUCGCUGGUCCCCUUGUGCCCUAACCCUCCCAUCGACCGCCUUCUCGCCGGCGAGGGCUUCGACGCCGAGCAGGUGUGGUUCCAGGUCGACCUCCUCUCCCGCCCCCUCCUUGCCCUACUCCGCCGCGAGCUCCGCCGCUUCGAGCGCGAUCCCCCCUCCUUUGCCCCCAUGGAGAGUGUCGGAGGUGGCGGCGGGGGAAAGGAGGCGGCGGAGGAAGAGGAGGGUGUAGGUGACGAUCGAUUUGAUGAUGAGGAUGAUGAGGAGGAAGAGAGGGAAGAGGGCGAUGGAGAUGAUGAUGAAGAUGAGAGAGAGGAUGAUGAUGAUGAUGAUGAUAAGGAGGAGGAAGAGGAGGAAGAGGAUGAGGAGGAAGGUGGCAAAAGAGUGGGAGUUGUGGAGGAUCGAUUCUUGAAGAUUAAGGAGUUGGAGGAGUACCUAGAGAAGGGUGAGGCGGAGGAAUAUGGUGAACAGGAGCUGGGAAGCAGAAAUAGAGACAAGAAGAAGAGAAAAGCCAAUGAGGAAGAUGAAGAUGAAGAUGAUGAUGAUGAUGAUGAGGAUGAACAGGGAAGUGAAGAGGAGGAAGAUGGUGGGGACGAUUUGGAUUUGGAGGAUUUUGAUGAUGAUGCCAGUGAAGAAGCAGAUGGUGCUGAAAAUGCAAGAUAUGAAGACUUCUACGGAGGAAAAACCAAGAAGGGACAUGACAAGAAAGAUGGUGGUAAAAAGAAGAAAAGUUCUUCAAAGAAAGUUCAAUUCCUUGAUGACUCGAGGGACAUGGAAAUGGAUGCUGAACAAGAUGAUCAUGAUGAAAACGAGACAAAGGUUUUGUCGACUCAUGAGAAGGAGCUACAGAAGAUGCGGUUGAAAAUAGAGCAGAUGGAGAAAGCAAAUUUGGAACCUAAGUCCUGGACUAUGCAGGGAGAGGUUACUGCUGCCAAAAGGCCCAAAAAUAGUGCUCUUGAGGUGGACCUUGACUUUGAGCACCGUACCAGACCUGCUCCUGUAAUCACAGAGGAAGUCACAGCUUCUCUUGAAGAGAUGAUCAAGAAAAGGAUUAUUGAGAAUCUUUUUGAUGAUGUUCAAAGGGCCCCUGUUUUGCCGUAUAAAGCACCAAAGGAGCACAAGGAGCUGGACGAGAACAAGAGCAAGAAGGGCCUUGCCGAAAUUUAUGAGGAAGAAUAUGCACAGAAGACUGGUCUUGCUUCAGCUCCUCCUUCUGUAUCAGAUGAACAAAAGAGAGAGGCAAGUGCUUUGUUCAAGAAUAUCUGUUUGAAGUUGGACGCCCUGUCUCACUUCCACUUUGCUCCAAAGCCGGUUAUUGAAGACAUGUCCAUACAAGCAAAUGUUCCUGCCCUAGCAAUGGAAGAGAUUGCGCCUAUAGCUGUCUCGGAUGCUGCGAUGCUUGCUCCUGAAGAGAUUUUUGAAGGCAAAGGUGAUAUAAAGGCAGAGGGAGAGCUCACCCAAGCAGAACGGAGAAGAAGAAGGGCUAACAAGAAAAGGAAAUUCAAAGCUAAAUCAGCUAAAAGAGCAGCCAAAAAGCCGCGUGAAAGUGCAGAUUUGAAUCAUACCAGUGGCAACUGAGCCAGAUAUAUCUCAAAGCAAAUUUGGAAACUGCGAUAACUCGGUUAUCGGCACGAGGAUUAUAUUCUUAAAUUUCGAAGAGUAGGCUAAUUUAAAUUCGAAUUUGAGUUCGAAUUCUUUUGUUGAGAGAGAGAGAGAGAGAGAGAAAGAGAGGGGAUAUGGUUUGAUUAUUUUAAAGAGAAGGCUGGUUCGAAUUGGAAGCAGUAAAUGGAGAAGUCAGAAGCAAGUAUUUGAACGUGUAGACCAGCUGCCACCCUCAGGUUGUUACGUAUAAAUGGUGAGUUAUCACUAGGUAUUGGUUUUUUCUUUUAUCUAUGAGAAAAAUGAGAUAAUCGUUUGUAUCUUAUUAUACCUGAUAAUCAAUCAAUUUGUCCUGUAAAACAGAUAGUAAGUUUGUAACUAAAGUUUGUUUUUUUUUUUA